GGUAAUGUACCUCGACGCUGAGUAUCAAGCGUCAUUCAAGUCGAUAAAGAAAAUGUUGUUUCCACUUUCCGACAUGGCAGCAAGGCAACGAAUUCUCUACUGACAAAAUCGAGUUUCUUGACGUCUGAAAUAGAAAAGCACUUCCAAGCUAUUUAAAUGGGGAAAAGGGAGAAAGGGGAUAGAGAGAAGAAGUCCAAAAAGCGUUUCUAUGAGGAGGAUGAAGAUGAAGAAGAGGUAGUAGGUGGCAAGUCGCAGGAGGCCAUACCUGCUGCUGCGGGGAAGCAAGUGGAUGAAUCCAGCACAAAGCUGGAUGAAUAUGGGGCCAAAGACUAUCGAAUUCAGAUGCUUCUGAAGAACGAUCACUCCUCACGACCUCUCUGGGUGGCUCCUGAUGGACACAUUUUCCUAGAAGCGUUUUCACCAGUGUAUAAGUAUGCUCAGGAUUUCUUGGUGGCCAUAGCGGAGCCAGUGUGCAGGCCCAACCACAUCCACGAGUACAAGCUCACGGCAUAUUCACUAUAUGCUGCUGUCAGUGUGGGGCUGCAGACUUCUGACAUCGUGGAGUAUCUUCAGAAACUCAGCAAGACCUCUGUGCCGGAUGGAAUUGUGCAAUUUAUCAAGCUCUGCACUGUGAGCUACGGCAAAGUCAAGCUGGUGCUGAAACAUAAUAGGUAUUUUGUCGAGAGCACCUUUCCUGAUGUGAUUCAGCGUCUCCUGCAGGACGAAAAGAUUCGAAUUUGUCGCCUCAAUGCUGCUGAUGGCACAGACGGCGGGCUCAUUACUGAGGUCAUUCACAGCAAGUCAGCGAUCUCCAAGACCGUCGACGACAAACGAGGUGCUUCUACCUCACAGCAGCCUACGGAUGGACAACCUGUAAACCAACAGGUACCUGAAGACAUCUUUAGCUACUAUGAGCAGAUGGAUAAGGAGGAAGAGGAGGAGGAAGAGACUCAGACAGUGUCUUUUGAGAUUCAACAGGAAAUGAUUGAAGCACUACAAAAGCGCUGCAUUGAGCUGGAAUACCCGCUCCUUGCAGAGUAUGACUUUAGGAAUGAUACCGUCAACCCAGAUAUCAACAUAGACUUGAAACCGACUGCUGUACUGCGACCCUACCAGGAAAAAAGUCUUCGUAAAAUGUUUGGCAACGGACGCGCCCGCUCUGGAGUCAUUGUGCUGCCCUGUGGAGCUGGCAAGUCUCUAGUGGGCGUGACCGCAGCGUGCACGGUACGCAAACGUUGCCUGGUGUUGGGUAACUCCUCUGUGUCCGUGGAACAGUGGAAGGCCCAGUUCAAGAUGUGGUCCACUAUCGAUGACUCUCAAAUCUGCCGCUUCACCUCCGAUGCCAAGGACAAGCCCAUUGGUUGCUCGGUGGCUAUCAGCACCUACUCAAUGCUGGGACACACCACUAAGCGCUCCUGGGAAGCCGAGAGGGUCAUGGAGUGGAUGAAAAGCCAAGAAUGGGGUCUCAUUAUUCUUGACGAGGUGCACACUAUUCCAGCCAAAAUGUUCCGAAGUGUCUUGACCAUCGUUCAGGCACACUGCAAACUGGGCCUGACUGCUACUUUAGUUAGGGAGGAUGAUAAGAUUGUGGACCUCAACUUUCUUAUCGGGCCAAAGCUUUAUGAAGCCAACUGGAUGGAGUUGCAAAGCAAUGGCUACAUAGCCAAAGUCCAGUGCGCAGAGGUGUGGUGCCCAAUGUCUCCAGAGUUCUACAGAGAGUAUGUGGCCAUCAAAACUAAGAAGCGAAUCUUGCUUUACACCAUGAAUCCCAAUAAGUUCAGGGCUUGCCAGUUCCUCAUUCGCUUUCACGAGCGGCGUAACGACAAGAUCAUCGUCUUUGCUGAUAACGUUUUUGCCUUGAAAGAAUAUGCAAUUCGGCUUAACAAGCCAUACAUUUAUGGCCCAACUUCUCAAGGGGAACGUAUGCAGAUCUUGCAGAACUUCAAGCACAAUCCCAAGAUCAACACCAUUUUCAUUUCUAAGGUUGGGGACACCUCAUUUGACUUACCAGAAGCCAAUGUUCUGAUCCAAAUCUCUUCUCAUGGUGGGUCAAGACGGCAGGAAGCUCAGCGUCUUGGUCGAGUGUUAAGAGCUAAGAAAGGAAUGGUUGCAGAGGAAUACAAUGCUUUCUUUUAUUCGCUGGUGUCUCAGGAUACUCAGGAGAUGGCGUAUUCCACCAAGAGACAACGCUUUUUAGUGGACCAGGGCUACAGCUUUAAGGUGAUCACACAGUUGGCAGGAAUGGAGGAAGAAGAGUUGAUGUUCUCCACCAGAGAGGAGCAACAACAGCUCCUGCAAAAGGUUUUGGCUGCAUCCGAUUUGGAUGCUGAGGAGGAAAUGGUGGCAGGGGAGGUGGGAACAAAGCCACAGUUUUCACGGCGAACGGGAACCAUGAGCUCCAUGUCUGGUGCAGAUGACACAGUCUAUAUGGAAUAUCAAAGCAAAAGCAAAGCGUCAUCGCUCGGCAAAGGCAUCCAUCCGCUUUUCAAGCGCUUUAGGAAGUGAAUGGGCUGAGGACAAUUUGGACGCUUGACCUUUUGAAAAAAGUGUGAAGAGGCCGCAGCAGUUAGCACAUUGGCCUCAAAGUUCUGAGAUACGGGGGUUCGAGUCUCCGCUUUGGCCUUCCCGUGGAGAUUUGCAUGUACUUGUGUGAGUUUUGCGCAGGUACUUUGGCUUCCUUCGACAUUCCGAAAAUGUUUUUUUCCACCCUUUUACCCUUAUGUUAAGUAAAGGAUAACUUGCCUUUAGGUGUGAAUGUGAGUCAAAGCGCUGUUGGUUGAAAAGAACUGAAGCAAAUUAAAAAAAAAAAGGGUUCACUUGAAAUCAUAUUGAUAGAAUUGAGAAUUCUCAGGUUUAAAAGGUCAACGCUAAUAUUGUAAAACACAUGCUAAACACAAAUCAAAAUUCACUUCACUUUUGUCUUCACUUGCUGGCCAACUGUUGUUUUCGCCAACGAUGACGAUAAUGAAAAUAUUUCAUCGACGAACAAUUUUUUUCAUGACGAUGACAAAACGAUAACGAGCUAAAAACGUGUCUUGGGAGAUAAAACCAAUGACACGAAUGCCAGUUUUCGUCUGACGAGACGAGAACGCGCCAUAGUUUCUGUCACAUGUUCACAAUGUGUGACAUUUUAUGUGUAGUUAGCCUGCAUCAUAGCAAUGUCUGAUUGUGUCACUCAAGUGACGUGGUGAGCCCCCCACCAGCUCACGCACUAGUGUCUCUCCAAUCUGCCCAUUGUUUGUUUUGAGACACACGUGAAGAUUUGUCUUAUCUUGGCAAGAGAGAAUAUGCAAUGUUGCUUUAGCCUUUAAAGGUCUGUGCUGAGUUAUCAUCACACACUAAAUGUAACUGUAGCGUUAGCAUAGCAUUCAUUAGUGUUGUUAAUAACGCCGUUAUUUUUUUCAGUAGUGAGUAAUCUAAUUACUUUUCUCAUCUUUGCAACGCCGUUACCUUUACUGAGGACGUAAAGGCGUACGUUACUAUGCGUCGGUUGAAUGACGCGAGAAAAAUCUGACAGAAACGGAGAGAGCAGAGCGGGAGUGGGAAGGAGGUUGUGACGCUGUUGCAAACGCGAUGCUAGGUGGCUCCAAUAACACCUGACUGCAGCCGACAGCCUACAAACUACGCCCACAUGAUGCUAAGGUAGAUAUCACAUGUUUAGAGAACUAGAUGCGAAAGGAUAGGCUUACUUGCGUUAGUAAGCAGCCGCCAUCUUAAAGCAGUAGACUUCAGGAAGGCUCUGUUGUAGAGAACCUUCCUAGCAAACCUAGGUUACUUUUUUUUUCAUCUAAAAUACUCCUAAAUCGUCAAAAUCUUUAAAUGGUAAAACAGUUUUAAAACUUUGACCUGUCGAAAGUAGACACAAGGGAACUAAUGCAAUAAUGGGAGCAAUUUUAACAACUUUUAACAGUUGAUUCACAACAUUAAAUGAUUUCCAAACAUAGCAAAGGUUACUAUCUAGUUAUCGCAAUAUCCACACUACCCCUGUGUCUAAUUAAGUUUAGGGUAAAGAAUUGAGCCAGGACCUAUUGGCCCAAAAACCCUUUGAACUUAACAUAGUGUGACCUUUUUUCUUUUUUUCUGGAAUGAGG